AUGACCAGAGACAGUCAUCCUCUGAGUUGUAUGCUUUUGUCUGUGUUGCACCACCAAUGGGUUGGAUUCUCCCUGGGAUUUGUCCUCCCCGCUUUUCCCCUCGGUCCUCUUAUUUUAUCUUACUUCCUAUCAUGUGCAGCAGGAGCCGGCAGUUUACCAGGCAUAGAAUACAGUUAUGGCAUUAGCCCCAAGUUUGUUUGCACCCCAGUACCUCCAGAGGCGGAUCCCAGCUGCUAUUCCCCACCUAGUGUGCCCCACGGACCGAGUGGUACCUCCCAUGGUAGUGAUCAUGGUGGGGCCACCCAUCGUGGCAUGAUGUCAGAUGAAGCUAAAGCCACUAUCCUGCACCUUCGCGAAAGCCUCGUGAGGCAGAAGGAAACCAUCCUGGAUCAGCGGGAGACCAUCAGAGAGCUGACCGCCAAGCUCACCUUGUGUGAAGGUUUCGGGGGUCACCAUAGUGUCGGACAUCACGACAACCACCACGAAAGUCACCACGACCCUCACCAUGACACGCACCACAGUGGCCACCACGAUGACCGUCAUGGACGCCAUGACAGCCACGGCGGGCCUUCCUCACUGCACCACGGUCCCUCAGCACAUGAUCACCACUACUCCCAUGGCAGUCACAGGCCAGACCUUCACCACAGGAAGGGCUCAUCGCACAGCAAGCACAGCCCCUUCUCUCCAGAGCAGACCGGAAAGACCCUGCAGACUCUGAAGGAGAGGCUGGAGAACUUACAGGCUAGAAACUCAUCUAGCUCAUAUUCCAGCUCCUUAAGACAGCUCCUCCAGCGAAAGAUCAAUGCUCUGGAGGAGCAGCUGCACAGAUACCACAGAGAUCCCCAUAGUGAUCACCAUGAUGACCAUCACGAAGAUCACCAUGGCGGUAGCCACCAUGACGACCAUCGGGAUGACCACCACGACACCCAUCAUGGCAAUGAUCACCAUGAAGACCUGAAUGGUCCGGGCCACCAUGAAGACCACCAAAGCAGUCGCCAUAGUAGCCAUCACGGCGACCACGGUAGCCAUCACGGCGACCAUGGUAGCCAUCACAGCGACCAUGGUAGCCAUCACAGUGGCCACGAUAGCCAUCACAGCGACCACAGGCACCACAAGCCGAACAGCCACCAUAACAAUCGCCACUACGACCACAGCUAUGACUGGCACCAUGGUCGGUAUUAUGGUCACUAUGGCAGCCACCAUGACGACCACACUGAUGAUCACCAUGCUGGCGAUCACCACAAUGACCAUCAUGAUCAUUACGAUGAACAUGGACACCAUGAUGACCACCAUGAGGAUCACCAUGACAACCACCAUGAAUCUAGCCACUAUGACCAGUACCAUCCACCUCAACACCUGCCCUACAGCAGCAAGGAGACAAGCCUGCAAGGUCCUGGUCACAGCAAGUUGGAGACAGUUCUGGGUCAACUACACCACAGCAGUGGCCAUGGAAACAAGCCGAAGCUUAAGAGCCCCAGUGCGUUUCUCCUUGACUUCCCAAUGAGGACCAACUACAUGUAUGCCAAGAUGAAGCGGUCGUUGGUCAAUGAGAUCUUUGCCAUGACUUUGUGUCUGUGGUUAAAGUCUGGCGAGAAUUCUGGACUUGGAACUCCCAUCUCCUACGCCAUUCCUGGACAAGCCAACGAGCUGGUGCUCAUUGAAUGGAGCAACAACCCGAUGGAGCUUCUUAUCAACGACAAGGCGGCCACUCUGCCGAUAACUGUAAAGGACGGUAAAUGGCAUCACGUGUGCGUGACAUGGUCAACACGUGAUGGCGCCUGGGAGGCUUACCAGGAUGGAGUGAAGAAAGGUUCUGGGCAGAAUUUGUCAGCCUGGCAGUCUAUUAAACCAGGGGGGAUCUUCAUCCUGGGUCAAGAGCAGGACACCAUGGGAGGUCGCUUUGACAUCACACAGUCCUUCAUGGGAGAGAUGUCAGAUCUCCAGUUCUGGUCCAGAGUUCUGACGGCGAAUGAGAUCCACACCCAAGCGACAUGCGGAGGCCACCUCGUGGGUGACGUCAUGUCGUGGUCUGAAGAGUUGGUGGAGCUCCACGGAGGCCUCGUUGAACUUCCCUAUGAGCCCUGCCACUAAAUCUAAAGCCAUCGUUCGGGUUAUGUACAAAGAAUGCAUUCAACAUAUAUAUAUAAACCGUCCUUUUUGGCUGAAUUUAUUUAUUUUUGUAUUUACUUUUGGUUCCUGUCUGACCCUUCUGCCUUCUCCACGUACACUCUCACUUCCGUGCUCUCAGCAGGACAGCUUUGAGAGCCCUAAAGGGCGCAGAGCUUUGGAUUUACUGGCUGCGUGCUCACGUCUGUGGCCGUUCUGGGCAAUCCAACACACAUAAGAGGAUUUUCUUUUUCUGAAACCGCUCCAGAAUUUGCUGGCUGACAUUAACUGAUUUCUGUAAUCAACAGAAACGUUACAGACAGUGAAAGAGAGACUAAAAGGCGUGGGAGUCAUGAGUCCUUUCAGCCUCUGGGGAGUGUCAUGCAGGUUUUGUUUUUACAGUGCUGGUCAAAUUUGGUUUGGUUGUAGCACAAAGUAUUAAUGUUGACUUUUGCACAUUAUAUUAGUAUUUCAUAUUGAAACUCUACUGCAGGCUUUUCGUAGAAAAACCAUGCUUUUUUUUCUAUUAAAAAACAUUUAUAUAUAUAUAUACGUUUUAAACUUGAUGUUUUAUCCAUAACUGCAACGGAAGAAUUGUUGCAUAACACAGAAAGGGUUCAGUGGCAGGUGUCGCAUGUUAUGGCUACAAGCCGUCGAGCAGUAUAAAUACAAGUAAAGCAGUUCUCAGCGUGUCAGAGAUGGAAUGGUGGGAUUUACCUGUGAACACCUGAUCUAAUCCCACCUAUUUCUGACUCGCUGCAGCUACGCAGCCGAGACGGACUGCAGCAGCACAUGCUUGGAGGAAAAGACCUCUGGUGACAUCUGCUUUAGCUGCACUUUUUAUAAUGUUUUUAUUCAGUAAAAGUCGUGUCUGACAUUUUUCUUUCGCUCUGUAGCACUUUGUAAACAUUUUCUCUUUUUUUCAUGCAUGUUGAUAAGAAACUGUUGUUUCUUUGUUCACCCUUUCUGGGUGUGUUGAUAGUAAAAAGGGAUAUGUGUUGUACUGAUGCCAAUAAAACAUCAUCUUGAAGCUGUACAUAUCUGCAAACUCUUUCCUUGGGAUGCCAUGUCAGCAGCUCUUUGCUCCGGUGGUGGCGUACGGCGGCGAGCCAAAGGGACGGAACGUCUCCGUCUGCGUUCUCAUCGUUUUGCCACCAAACUGUGUCGCUCAUAAGCUCGAUGUUUGUGUAUUAACGGAGAAAUAUUUUUUAUGUAUUCUUGUGUUCUUGGCUGUAAAUAUACUAUUUUCCAGUGUUUGAACGACAGCCCCUCCCGUAUGUAAGCCAAAAAGUUCAACUGUAAAUCUAUGCUAAUGAUGAUGUUCAAUGUAAAGAUUUUGAAUAAAAAUAAUUUGAGAUGUUGGCCUUUUUUUUGCUGUUGUUU